ACUUUUCAGGUUGUACUCGCCUUACCUUGUGGUCGAGCUCGCUGGCGUCACAUCACAUGACUCUUAUUGGAUGUAUUUUAGUCAGAAGAAAACAUGGAUGCAACCAAAGAUGUUCAUUCUGUAGAGAGGUCUGAGGACACUUUGGACGCCUUCAAUCUAUUUACAAAGAGGAAGAAUCCAUCCAAUGCCAGUAAGAAAGAUGAGGAAACAGACUCUGUACCCAUCAAAGAAGCCGACAACCCUUUUCAGUACAAGAUGGACUACCCACACAUGGGAAUCUGCCUGAUUAUCAAUAAUAAGAACUUCGACCGCAGCACAAGGAUGAGCACUCGUAAUGGGACGGAUGUUGAUGCUGCUUUUGCCGUGAGGACUUUUUCGGAUCUUGGUUAUAAGAUCAAAGUGGCCACUGAUCAGACUGUAAAGCAAAUGAAGAGUCUUAUGUUGAGUGUAUCCCAAGAGGACCACAGCAGCUGUGCAUCAUUUGUGUGUGUGUUGCUAAGUCAUGGUGAAGAAGGUGUGAUUUUUGGAACUGAUGGAUAUGAGUUGCUUGAAAACCUGACCAAACCAUUCAAAGGGCAUCGUUGUAGCACUCUAGUGGGAAAACCAAAGCUCUUCUUUAUCCAGGCAUGCCGUGGCUCCGAACUGGAUGAGGGGACCGAAAUCCAAGCUGACAGCGUGGCGGAGCAAACGUCUGAGAGGAUUCCCGUCGAGGCCGACUUCUUGUAUGCCUAUUCGACAGCCCCAGGCUAUUACUCAUGGAGGAACACGCAAAACGGUUCCUGGUUCAUGCAGGCAUUAUGUGAGAUGUUGCAACGUUUCAAAGGCGAGUUAGAACUGAUGCAGAUCAUGACUCGAGUCAACUACAAGGUGGCAAUGCACUUUGAAUCCGACUCCAAUGUUCCUGGGUUUACUGGCAAGAAGCAGAUUCCCUGCAUUGUGUCAAUGUUAACCAAAGACCUUUACUUCCCUCAAUAAAAGAUGGCAGGUAUUAUUGUCUGAAACUACUGAGCAGUCGCAAAAUAAUUUCAGCGGAGAACCAGAGCCCAAUCAGUGUGCUUCUGUAUUUUCAUUUUAAACUACUCGUAUUCAUUGAUAGUUUUGACCAAUUUUUCUUUUUACUCAACAAAACAUAUAGCUUGAUGUUAAACAAAUUGCACUUCAAAGGGAAAUAGUGAUGUGUGAAAGCAUAGUCAUUCGUUUUUUUUUUUUGUUUUUUUUUCUUUAUGGGUCACAAUCUGGUUUGAACAUUUCACAACACAAUUUAAAACUCUUCCAUUAGGAUGCCAAUACAGUAAGUCAAAUAUAUACUGUAUAUAUAUUAGACCUGUCAGUAUAUCGCGUUUUUAUUGGUAUUAAUUUAAAUGAAUUUUAAUGGGAUUAAAUAUUUUCUCGCGAGAUUAACACGUCACAGCGGAUGUUACGUUGCUCUAUAAAUACACCAGAAACAAAACAACAAGCGCGUUGCAGAAGUCCACGCCCAUGUCUGUUACGCCAGCCACGGCAGCGCGAGACACCGAAAACGGAUACUUAAAGAGUUUAUGAAUGGAAAGUUUACUUUUAAAAAGUUGCCAGAUUGCUCCACUGACAAGACCAAAGUUACCUGUAUCAUACAGGUAUACGAUGUAUGCCAAUGAUGCGAUUGUUACUUGUUUGGAACUAUUUUGUGUGGAAGGUUACAGUGUUCCGUGUCCAUAUAAAUAGAGCGGGUAGAGCUUCUCUGUGUUCGUCUGACAGUGACGGUGCGCUGCAGUGGUAGCGACCUAGCGAAAAUAAAAUGUCUCCAGUGUUGUCAUGGAACCAAGUGUAGUCAUCCGAAAUGAUGUCUACACAAAACCGCAGAGAGACUUCCGCGCCAGGACCAACAGAAUCAACAUAGCCUGAUUGCUGUGUUCAAAGCAAACUUGAAAAAAAUUAAGUAUGCAACCAUGGCUUAAAUACACGAUAGGCUGAGUACUAGUUUACCUUAGAUGUGCACCUUAUAAUGUUAUAUUGUUUUGUUUUGAGUCCAUAAAAAGAGCUGUUAAAGCAGCUGUUGUGUGUCAAAAUAUUAUUUUCACUGUUGUUGAUGGACAGUAAUAUUGUGAGAGAUUAUGUGUGAAUAACUGCUCCAAGUGAAAAAUGUUCAUGUAAAAUUGAAAAUCGAAAUUGCUAUUUCAGUAAAUAUUUGCAUUUUGCACAUAGAAAACUGAUUCAUGCUUCCAUGAGAGCAUUAAAAAUGGGGGCAAAUAGGACAAAAAAAUAAAAUAAAAGGAACUUCAGAAAUUACAAAAAAAAUGCGUGAGUAAUCACAAUUUUUUGUAAAUUUGAGUUAAUUAUGACAGUUGCAUUUUUAAUUAGAUCGUUUGACAGCUCCAAUAUAUAUAUAGAUCUAUAUAUAUAUUGCGCGUCGUCCCGCACGCGGUCUGUCCUUCCGUCUGUCCCUUUUCAAAACGUACCUACUUGACCGCGCCGCUGCGCGCCGCCACUGCGCCGCUCAGGCAGUGGCUCACUACGAUCGCGCGGGCAUCUUAGCGAAAAAAUGUUGGCUACCCACAAGCAUUGCAAUGAAAUUGUUAGUUAUUUAGUAGAGCUAAACAUCUCUUUAUUUUCGCGAUAAGCAAUGAAGAUGAACAAAAAGUUGAACCAAGCAACAACACUUUACCAGCCUUCCGCAGGAACUAGCUGAUGAGCCGCCCGGAGGGGCGGCGAACCACCACCUUACCAGCCUUCCGCAGGAACUAGCUGAUGAGCCGCCCGGAGGGCUAGGUGUGAGUGUGAGUGCGAAUGGUUGUUCGUCUCUGUGUGCCCUGCGAUUGGCUGGCAACCGAUUGAGGGUGUCCCCCGCCUACUGCCCGGAGACAGCUGGGAUAGGCUCCAGCAACCCCCUAGUGAGGAUCAAGCGGUUAGGCUAGUAUAUAUAUACACAAUUAUUUUUUUAAGGGAGAGACAAAGUCAAGUUCUUUAUAAAUAAUCUUGGGAAAUCCCUUGUAUCGAAGGAGGCACCUGGCCGUUUUCACAGAUGAAAGUGUGGCAUUGGCAAUGAAUACUUGGGUUUGGGGGGAUAUACACACACUUCAUUCAUUCAUUCAGAGUGGGAAAUCUGCCUGUUGUCCACUAAAAUGUUAACAUUUAUUUUUGAUGUUCUAGAAAAAUCAGGCACCAAGUACUCAAAAAAUAAAAUGUGAAAUAAAAGUAUGGAUACAGAUUGACUGUUGUUUUGGUUGUUUUUUCUUUUUUACAUUUAUUAAUUGCCACAGUUUUUUCUGCAUGAUUCAGUUUCAUUUAUCAUGCUGUAUUCCAUUAAGCUACUAUAAUUCAUAAAAAUGUACAACGGUGGGCCAAAUCAAAAUUUUUAAUUGUCAACGCAAAAAGAGGUUGGUACACAGACACACCGGUAUGAAAAGAUUAAGUAAAAUUCCAUUCUCAUCAGUUUGAAGUUCAUUCGGUAAUCAUUGUCGGUUUUUCCGGUUUUCACAAAAGGCUACCAACAAUUUUGCAUGUGCUGUGUGUGUGCGCGAAUAAGUGCAAACUGUAGGCUCGCUUUGUUCUGGGGCUGCUUUGCUAAAUCCGGCACAAAGUGUCUUCCGUCCAUUCAGGCUGCAAUGACAUUUUACGAUUAUUGACACCCUCUUGAGUGAAUUCUGCUACCCAGUGUCAGAAAACUCUGACGCAGUUGCAUGCCAUGUGUAUUCUGACAGGAUGAAGACACAAAAUAAAACAAACCCUGAUUUUCAUUGGUCAAUUUUCAAUACAAUGUCCAAAAAAUGUAUGUAUGCCAUCCAUUGCCAUUCAUUCAACAGAAUAAGUUAUGGCUUCCUGAAAGAUUACCAGCUUUGUUGUUUCAUUGAAGCAGUACAGCAGUGGUCCUCAACUAGAAAUGCUGUCGGUCCACUUUUUUAUUUUUAUUUAAAUAAGACCAAGGUCCGGUCCCAUGCACAGCGGUCAUGGGGAGCAGGGCAAUAUGCCCAUUUAGUAUGGUCAAGCUAAUCUUAUACAAAUCAACACUCCUCACAACCAACCAAUAAUGGGGUGCAUGAAAAUAACAAUUAUUCACUUUGCCAGUACACAGCAAAUAACGAGGGGUAUUGUGUUGAGGCACAGGAACUCUUUUAUUUUGUUAAGUUGUGCCUGCUUAAUAAUAGAAAUAGCCCUUUUAGGGAAAUAAGACAUUUUUAUUUUAACUUUGUUAAAUUAAUGGGAAAAUUACAACUACUGUUUAACAAAAACAAAACAAAAUACUAAUUUUACCAAAAUAAAUACUAAACAUAAAAACAAAAAUAUCCUUUUCAUUUGUACAAUUCCCCUUUUCACAUCCCUUCUGAAAUCACUUAAAAAUAUAUAUCAGAAGAGGAGUUAAGAAACAUUUUAAAUACUGACACAAGGGAGCACAGGAAUGUGCAGUGCUUUUAUUCCACUAUAGGUGAAUGCAAUGUCUGAGGCAUGCAAAUAUUAUUUGAGGACGCCAUUGGGAUGUUCAUUUACCAUGUUGCGGUGUUCUGCUAUUAAACAGCUGCAAAGUAGACGGCAGCAGAACUGCACACAAUCGAAACCUCCCGCGAUUCGUUUUGUCUGUGUGCGGCUCUCCUGGGGUGAAGCUGUGAGCACACUGUGGCGUCGCGCGUGCGUCUGUUUCCUGACACAAUCAUCCAUUUUGAAUGCGUGCUGACGCUUAUGUAUGGACACACCUUAAGUUCAGAGGAGCCAAUCAGCGCAUCGUAUAUGCUUACGCGUAUGUAUGGACACACCUCAAGUUCAGAGGAGCCAAUCAGCGCAUCGUUAUCGCCGACAUGCCCUGCUCAGGCAAGGUCUCGAGGGAGUCAAACAUACACACAAAGUCGCGCUGCCGCGGUCCUCUGCAUUACAUAUGUUAGUGCACGCAAAGAAUACAACGGAUAAUUUUAACAAGCGAUCGCGGUAAUGCGCAGAUUAUAGUCCACAAAUAUAAAAUGUAUAACGUAAAAAUCAAUUUAUAAAUUAUUUUAUACAAUUUGCCGAGGGUCCGGACAGAGGAGGCCCGGACAGAGGUCGGCGGUUCGGACAGAGGAGGUCGGCGGUCCGGUCGUGAAUCGCGGUCCGCCAGUUGAGGAAGAGGGCAGUACAGUAUUAAUACUUUUUGACAUUUGAAUAGUGUGUGAACAUUUUCUACUGUAAAUAAAUGCCCUGGCUCAGUAAAGGCUGGCAAACACUG